GGGCAGGGGGUGGAGGGAGAGAUCGGGGUUAUCUGAGGCCGCUGUGCUGAGGGAGGGUUGUCGAACAGGCGUCCACCUUGGAGGCCUUUGGCAUGUCCUUCCAGAGCCUCGUCCACCUGUCCCUGGACGGCCCCGUCCAUGCCCUCUGCGUGCUGGGUGUGGACAUCUGCUUGGAUCUCAGUGGCAGGUGUGCCCCGGAGAAAUGCAAGUCAUUUACCAUCAGUGGCUCUCCGGGGGUCUUGGUUGACAUCCACAACACGUCCCCGUUAAUGACCAAGGAGGAGAUGGCCACGACCCGGUGGCCUCUGUCUGAUCCCAUGGAUGUCCUGGUGAAUAUGGUCUCCCCCAGCUCUGCCCCCGAUGGUGACAAGGUUCUGGUCUCCUACUAUCUGCCUGAUGAGGAAGUCCCAGUGGCCACGGCUGUGCUCUGCCUCACUGGCAUUGUGGUCUCCCUAGACGUGGACAUCUACCGCAGCGGGCAAGUCGAGGUGGCCAGUGACAAGCAGGCUAAGAAAAACUGGGUCUGGGGACCCAGCGGCUGGGGCGCCAUCCUGCUUGUGAACUGCAGCCCUACCGACAAGGGCCAGAGCAUGGACAAGAAGACCACGAAGGUGUUCUUUCCUGAGGAGAUCAAGAGUCUGUCCCAGAUGACCCUGAAUGUUCAAGGGCCCAGCUGCACUUUAAAGAAAUACCGGCUGAUUCUCCACACCUCCAAGGAAGAGGCAGAGAAGGCAAGAGUCUACCGGCCCCAAAAAGACAGCUCGAGCACCUUUGAGGUACUGCUGGGGCCUGGCCAGCACACCUACACCUUUGCCCCCCUCGAGAACCACCUGAAGGAAACCUUCUACGUGGAAGCUGUGGAAUUCCCGUCUGCCGACUUCUCGGGCCUGAUUUCCUACUCCGUCUCCCUGGUGCAAGAAUCUCCGGACCCGUCCAUUCCAGAGACCCUGGUAUACAGAGACACCGUGGUAUUCCGGGUGGCCCCUUGCGUCUUCGUUCCCAGCACGCAGAUGCCUCUAGAGGUCUACCUGUGCAGAGAGCUGCAGGUCCAAGGUUUUGUGAACACAGUGAUGGAGCUGAGUGAGAAGAGUAACAGCCAAGUGGCAUCUGUCUACGAGGACCCCAAUCGCCUGGGCAGGUGGCUCCAGGACGAGAUGGCCUUCUGUUACACCCAGGCUCCCCACAAGACGCUCUCCUUUGUCCUCGACACCCCUCGGGCCCUCACGCUGGAAGAUUUCCCCAUGAAAUACUCACUGAGCCCAGGGGUCGGUUACGUGAUCCAGUGCACCCAGGACCACAGGGUGGCCAGCAUGGAUUCCAUUGGGAACCUGAUGGUGUCCCCACCGGUCAAGGUGGGAGGGAAAGAGUACCCCCUAGGCAGGGUCCUCAUUGGCAGCUGCUUUUACCCCAGCAAGGAGGGCCGAGACAUGAGUAAGGCCCUCCGGGACUUCCUCUACGCGCAGCGAGUCCAGGCCCCGGUGGAGCUCUUCUCGGAUUGGCUGAUGGUCGGCCACAUAGACGAGUUCAUGUGCUUUAUCCCCACACAGGACAAGAGUGAGGGCGAAAAGGGCUUCCGGCUGCUCCUGGCCAGCCCCAGCGCCUGCUACAGGCUGUUUGAGGAGAAACAGAGAGAGGGCUAUGGAGACGUGACUCUGUUUGAGGAGGUCAGAGAGGAUCAGCUCCUCUCCAACGGGAGGGAGGCCAAUACCAUCCAUCAACUUCUAGCUGAUGAAAACAUGAGAAAGCAGAACGAAUAUGUGGAGAAGUGCAUUAACCUGAACCGUGACAUCGUGAAGAAGGAGCUGGGCCUGGCCGAGAGGGACAUCAUCGACAUCCCACAGCUCUUCUGCCUGGAGCAGCUGACGAACGUCCCCUCCGACCAGCAGACGGGGAAGUUCUUCGCGAGGCCGUACUUCCCUGACCUGCUGCAGAUGAUGGUGAUGGGCAAAAAUCUGGGCAUCCCUAAGCCUUUUGGGCCCCAGAUCAAGGGUACCUGCUGCCUGGAAAAAAAGGUCUGCCAGUUGCUAGAGCCCCUGGGCUUCAAGUGCACCUUCAUUGAUGACUUUGACUGCUACCUGACUGAAGUCGGGGACUUCUGUGCCUGUGCCAACAUCCGCCGGGUGCCCUUUGCCUUCAAAUGGUGGAGGAUGGUACCGGAGCCCCAGGCCUAGCGUGCCAGCCCUGCCCCAGCAGGAACGGCCCAUUACCACUCACCCCCUGCCUCUUUGGGAGGUACUGCACCCCUUCCUUACCUGUUCACCCUGUCCCUCAGUAUCCAGAGCGAUGGCCAACACUGCCAGCCUGAACCCCUCAGAAAACGGUCUUGAGCUGAGAACCCAUUAAAGUACGAGCUGUUCUGAAUGCA